AACAUAAAUACACGAAAUCUCGUUCAUCUAUAUUUAGGACUUGAGUUAUAACAUUCUGUCCUGGAUUGUAUAUAUGGAUAGCUCAUUAAAUAGACUAUUUCCAUUAUACAUGCAUUGUCGAAUCAUUAUAAUUGAGCUUUAAUUUUUUUCUAUUGGCUCAAGUGCAAGUAUAACCACGAUAAUUGUGUUUCUAAUCUAUAAUAUUAAUUUUAAAUUGGAUUAAUUGAUCUGAUCUCUGAUUAUGUGUAUUAUAGAUUAAUUUUACGUUGUAUAUUUAUAUCUUUCUUGUAGAGAAAAUUAAGUGAAUAAUCAAAAACGUGAAACUAUUAGAUAUUUUCUUUGAUCAAAGCUAGUAAAAAAGAUAAUAAGAUCUUUAUAUAAACAAGAAUAAAGUGAAUUUUACAAUUGGAAAAUGAUAUAAAAUAAUAUAACGUAAUAAAACAAGAGAUAAAACUUUAAAGCACACUUUCAGAUAUUUAAUAUCAUAAAGCUUUAAAAUAUGUGUGCUCGUCUUUUAGCAUGUCCUUUAUGUUCUCAACCCAGUUUUUCAACUUUAGAUGCUUUACGAGCAGGCCUUGUAAGUGUAGCUACUAGACCACUUAUGUGUCCUGUAUGUAAUGAAGUAUUAGUUGGUAUAGAUAAAUUGACUAUACAUCUAUUUGGACAUACUAUAAAUAUAAAUGAUAAUUCAAUACAAUUAUCAAAACCUAUUAAUAUUAAUGUAGAUAAUAAUGAGAUCUGUAAUCAAAAUGUCCAAGUUAAGAAUGUCCUUCAUGACUGGAAUCUAUUACAUAAGGAGACCGUAGAUACAGGUCAAAAUUAUAAUAAAAAAGAUAAAAGUAAAAACUGUUGUGGUAUAGAUCAUACAACACAAUCUUCUUAUACCAUUUCAAAUAGUAUAAAUAAAACAUUGAUGAUGAAUUCACAAACUAAAGUACAAAAUGAAGGUUCAUUUAAUGAGAGUUCACAAGUUAUACAAUUAUCUGAUCAACUUUGUCAAAAUACAAAUACAAAUGAAUGUUUGUAUAAUAAACAAAAUAAUAGAUUGUUUUUAGAAUCACAAAAUGAUACAUCAGAAGUAAUAAGUGAGUUAUCGAAAACAAGUUGUUUGGAAGAUGGCUACAAAAAUAGUAAUAUUCAAGAGAGAAAUUUACAACCAAGAGAGAUGAACAAACUAGAAGGUAUUUGGAUAGAAAAUUUAUCACAAGUGUGUAAUCAACAUUCCACAACAAAAAAAGAAUUAUCAUUAUGCUCUGAUGAAACUCAAGAGAUUAUGUUAAAGCAAACAGAAAUCAAUAAUGAUCAAUAUAAUCUAAAAAAUAAUUUGAUCAUCAGUUUUCCACAUGUUAUGACAAUGUCGGAAAAUGCUAAUGUUUUAUCAUCAGAAAUAAAUAAUAAACAACAUUUAGAUGAUCAUAAAAAAACCUUAACUCAUUCAAUUGUAGAAGAAAAAUUAGAUCAGAAUGUAAAUGGUGAAAAAAUAAUAUCAAAUCUUAAGAUUUUAAAGGAAAAGACUGAAAGAUGUAAUAUAUGUGGCUUCCACUUUCCAGAUCAUAACAUACUUAUUUUGCAUAAACAAUUAAUUCAUAUGGUUGAUGAACAAAAUUUUAAUGUUACAUCUGAGAACUUGUUAAAAAGUUAUUCUUGCCAUUUGUGUUCUAAAGUUUUUAAAAUGCGUGGCAGUUUAAUGAUACAUAUGAGAGUAGCACAUAUUGGUCAUAAUUGGGGUUUUUUAUCAAAAGAUGGAGACGCAUCAAUGGGAAUUAAUAAUAAUGGAUAUAAUUGUCCUACUUGUGGGAAAAAUUUUAAAAAAGAACAGCAUGUUAUACAACAUUUGAAAACACAUGAAGGCAAACAAUGGGAAUGUGAUGUCUGUAGUAAAAUGUUCACAACAAAAUAUUUUUUGAAAAAACAUAAAAGAUUACAUUCAGGUGAAAUGCCAUAUAAAUGUAACAUUUGUGAUAAAACAUUUACUUUUCAACAGUCAUAUCACAAACAUAGAUUGUAUCAUAAAGAUGACAAACCACAUAUGUGUACUACUUGUGGUAGAUCAUUUAAGGAACUCUCUACAUUACACAAUCAUGAACGAAUUCAUACAGGAGAAAAACCUUUUGCAUGUGAAACUUGUGGAAAAUGUUUUCGACAACGCGUGUCUUAUCUAGUACAUCGUAGAAUUCACACAGGUGUUAUGCCUUACACAUGUACAAUGUGUGGAAAAAGUUUUAGAUAUAAAGUAAGCCAACGAACGCAUAAAUGUCCAGUACAACAAUCCAGUGCUCAACAGCCAUCAAAUGAAAUAGCUCAAACGUCAGCUGUGACAUCGAUUGUACAAGAAAAUUGCAACGAGGCGAAUCAUUUGCAAGAAACUAAUUCUUCGCAACAAAUAAAACAAAUACUAAAUGGUAUUAAUAAUAAAGAUAAUAAAUUUGUUCUUAUAAUAAAUGCUCAAGGUCAAACUGUGUUAACAAGAGAAUCAGAUCUUGAAAACGAAGAAGAAGCAAAUUUUGCAAAAACAAAAGAGACAAAUAAAAAUUCAAACGAAGAUGGGUGGAAUUCUGACAAUUCCAAAAAUCUCAACUCAAAAAGUUCUACAAAUCAUUCUGAUAAAUUAUUAUCAGAUAACAGGAACAAUGUACAAGAUACUACAGAUUUUUUCUCAUUAGUAAUGUCACCAUUAGAAAAUGAUUUGUCAUCACCUACAUCUGGAAUGGAACAUUUAAGACUUUCUUCUCCUAUAUCAAAAAACAUUUCACAGCCGUUAUUUAGUAAUUUUAGACAUCCCUCGGAAAAUAUAAAUGAAAAUAUAAUUCAUACAGAUGUAGAAGAAACAUAUACCACUGAUGAUAACAUCAGGUGUUCUUUUGAAACAAUAAAUGAAGAAUCGUUAAAACAAUUACUUUAUAGUAUAGAUAAAAAAUAAGAAGGUAGAGAUGUUUUAAAAUAUGCAGUAUACUUUUUGACCGUAAAUCUUUAAUAAACAAAUGUAUUAUUAGCUUA